CCCAUCCCAUCCCCAUCCCAUCCCAUCCUAACCCCAUCGACCCAUCCCUUGAGCCCCAAGCCCAACGCCCCAAGAGCGACAAGGCCGAACUUCCAUGCAUUUCGCUCCUCUGCAGAUAUCCCACCUACAGCGCCCUCACAUCCUUCCUCUUUCGCUGGGUAGCUCGUCGUAUAAUCACACUGCAUACUAUCUUCCAGUUAGUAAGAGCCGAACACCUUCACCCCUUCCACAACUCUGUGUGCGGCGUAUACAAUACAUCGUCCCGAAGCCGAGUGCAAGUCGCCGAACCCUAGCUUUGACGGCAGCCGAGUCGCGCGUUGCUCAACCUCGGACCCACCUCGUGCCUAGAGGCGACGAUACAACUUUGAUGCACUCGUGCGCAACACGUUACCACAACCGAGCACAGUCUAUAUCGUUGCCCAGGCCCCAAGCGCCUCGCCGCCGCAUCUUGACUCGUCGCAUAUUUGCGCAAUCUGCCCUGAUCGAUAUCGUCCCGAGCAGCACAAUACAAUAGCAAUAGGGUUUCCUCGAGGUUUCCUCUGCCAACGGUUGGAGCCGACCUCGCCGUUUUAGCCUUCGGCCUGGCCCGUAUCAGACUGUAGCGUACACACGUGCAGGGACUCAAACUCGGGACCCUGACUGGGCCUCGAAACACCCGACCCCGUGGCAACGGCUAACCCGGUCGCAAGACUGGUCGCUGUUAAAGGCCACAAUGGAGCAUGCCUCUU